GACCCAGCCUGCUGUGACUGCUCAUUUUCGCGUUGCCCCUGCUUCCUGCCGCCUCCCCUUCUUCUCUUCCCUCACCUCUCCACCCCCACUGUACUUCCGUUCUCCCUUUCUUGCCCCUUCUGUCCCACCACCCCAACCUGCCAGCUAUUCCUACCUGAUGAACAGCUUCGCAGCGCAGCUCACCCCUGCAGAAGCCAAGAGGCUGCGCUUGCACCCCGCAGUGGCAGAUGUGGAGCCGGAUAGGGUAGUGCGCAUGACCACCGUGCAGUCUCCUGAGUUUCUAAAGAUGGAUACGAGCCUGUGGCCGGCCGCUGGCGGGCAGAGCAGCGCGGGGGAGGGCAUCAUCAUCGGGGUGAUAGAUUCGGGGAUUUGGCCCGAGCACCCCUCUUUCGCUGACCCGGACCCCAAUGGGGCGGCCUAUUCCACCAAGCCCUCGCGGUGGCGAGGCGUGUGCACCAAGACAGCAGACUUCCAGGCGUGCAACAACAAGCUGAUUGGGGCGCGCUACUUUUUAAAGGGCGCGGAGUAUACGUUUGGCAAGCUGGACGAAAGCGAAGAGUUCCGGUCGGCACGAGACAAAGUGCAGCACGGCACGUGGUGUGCGGGAGCGGCAGCGGGCAAUGCAGGAAUAACAGUCACUACAGGGGGGCGCAGCUACGGCACAGCAUCAGGCAUGGCCCCCCGCGCCAGACUAUCAGUGUACAAGGCACUGUGGACCAUAGGGGGGUACGAGGGCACUGGUGCAUCGUCGGAUCUCAUAGGCGCUGCUGAGAAGGCUGUUGCUGACGGUGUGGAUGUGAUCUCGUGCUCCUGGGGCGGGCUUGCCAUGUACUUCCAAGACCUGCCGUACUUGCGCGGUUUGAAGGCAGGGGUGGUGACAGCUUUUGCAGCAGGCAACGAGGGCAAGCCCAACCCCAGCAGCAUCUGGGGCACCCUUGGGAACGUCUCGCCGUUCUACCUCACUGUUGGAGCGAGCACGAUAGGGCGGGAAUACAAGGCAGUGCUGACCCUGGGGGACGCCACCACCUUCACAGGCCGCAGUCUGGGCGGCACUGCUGCCACGGGCUCUGCUCUGCCGCUUAUUAUGGCUGAAUCAGCUCUGCUGUCCGGAGGGGAUCAGGCCAAGGCACGGCAGUGCUACAUCGGGCACAUCGACAGGACCGCAGUUUCUGGGAAGUUUCUCGUGUGCUCCGUCCUGACACGCAAGAUGACACUCCUGCUGGCAGACGCGGAUCUCCUGGGGGCGGCUGCCAUCCUCGUUAUAAGCGGGACGCCCAAGAAGGACCUGCAGUAUCGCAUGCCCUACACCAAAACCCCCAGCAUCUUCCUCCCGUAUUCGCGCGGCAAAACAGUCAAGAGCUAUGUUCAAACGGAUAGCAGCCCCACAGCCACUCUAUCCGCCUACACCGAGUCUCAAUCCACCAACGCCCCCCAAGUCGCCUUCUUCUCGUCCACAGGCCCGCCCCGCAGCGCGCGCUACCCGCCCGCGCUCCUAAUCCGCGACUUCCCAACUAACGACAUCCUUAAACCCGACGUCAUGGGACCGGGGUUCCUACUAUGGUCCGCGGCGCCGGGGAAGGCCGUCGCGACCGCCGCGACCGACGCGCCCGAGUUUAACUACUGGUCGGGAACGUCCAUGUCUACGCCGCAUUUGGCGGGGAUCAUGGCUCUGAUCGUGCAGGAGAAACCGAACUGGUCGCCCGCGCAGGUGAUUUCCGCAAUCACGACGACAGCCUAUACGAAGAAUAAAAACGGGCAGGCGAUUCAGCGGGCGGAUGGGUCGAAAGCGAACGCGUGGGACUAUGGAGGCGGGCACGUGGAUCCCACCCGCGUGCUCGAUCCUGGGCUGACGUUUCACAGCGCGCAGAAGCAGUAUGUGAAUUUUCUCAUGGGGAGGGAUCCGUUACGAGCGAAGAAGCGGUUUUGGCGAAUGGGGAAGGCUCGGCCGAUAUUCCCUUGGAGCAUCAACCGGCCCUCGAUUGCGGCCUGCGACCUCGCAGCUGAUUCCGGCUCUGCGACAGCAUGCGACGUUGCAUGCAAUCGCACGACUACUCAAGCGACGAUGCCCAAAUCGCUGUCAGCCGGACCAUGCGUUGACACGGAGCCCGGUUUCUCCGCCCGCCGCCUUUCGCGGCCGUCUGCUCUGGCGAUUCCGUUCACUUCCGCCUUUCGCGCCGCAUCAGCCGCUGCGAUGUUCACGUCUCCGCAAUCCGCGCGCGACCCGUUUUCGCUGCUGCCAGACGAGCUCAUCGUCGAUAUCUUCGCCCGCGUCGGCUGCGGCGCGGCUGACGUGAGUAUCAUCUCGCUGACGUGCAGACGAUUUCGCGCUCUCACGCGCUACGUCCCAGCGCUCCGCUUCGCCCCAUUUGACGUGGCAAGCGGUGACCACGUGGCGGCGACAGCCUCUCCCGCGCGACUCGAGGAGCUCGUGUCGCGCAUGGUCCUGAAAACGCGGUCGCUGCAACACCUCCACGUGGCGUCGGCGUUGGCCGCCGACGGCGCUGUCUCCUGCUCUUGCGCGGAGAAUGACGGCAGCGGCGCGGCGGAGCGGCAUCAUCACGCCGCGUGCGCCGGCGCCGGCGCGAGUGGUAGCGACUCGAACGGCUGCUGCAGUUUCUGCGGCUGCCACGUGGCGGCUCCGCAGCAGCACCCGCGCGAAUUCAUCUUCGAAGCGUGGAUGCGCCACGUCGGACCGCAAUUACAGUCGCUCGUCUUCUCGCGCUCCCUGCAACCUCCGCCGCGCAGCGGCAGUUGCGCCGGCUCAUGCGGCAGCACGUGCGGCGCCGGCGGGAUGACGGUGAACGUGUGGGAGAACGAGGAUCUCAGCGUGCAUUUGCGCCACGUGGCACGCCACUGUUCAUCGCUGCGAUCACUCUCCCUAGGCUCCCUCUCGCUCUCUUCCUCCCUGCUGACGUGUCACCUCCCGCCAAUGCGGCACCUCGAGCACCUCUCGCUCUCCUGGAUUCACGCGUCCAAUGAGAGCCUUCAAGCCGUCCUGGACGCUUCGCCGAACCUUCGCCGGCUCUCCAUCUUUAUGGCCACGGGCUGCCCGCGAAUAAAUCUUCGCCUGCCCGCUACAGUGGAGCACGUCGAGCUGGCGUACCUGCGCGCCGAGUCCUGCUCCUUCCGCAACGCCCGCGCGCUCCGCUCGCUAUCCGUUCGAGACAUGUUCGUGCGCUCCGUGUCCGUGCGCGACGCGCCGGUUCUGCGCCACGUGGCGGUCGCCAGCGCGAGCGUGCUCGAGGUGGCGGCCCCUGAUUCGCCGCUCCUCGCCUCGCUGGACCUUAAAGCGGGGUCGUUCGGCUGGGCGGCGAUUAAAGCCCUCGUUCAAACCGCGGGCGCGUCUUUAAUAUCUUUCUCGCUAGACUUCUUCUCCGCGGGACCCGGCGCGAUUUCCGCUGGGGUGUUCUCCCUGACCUGGCUCGCAGCCUCGUGUCCGAACCUGAAGGCGCUCAGCUUCGGCGCGCUGCCGUGGCAGCUCGUCGUCUCGUGGGCGGCCGCUGCGGGCGCGUUCCGCGCGGACGGCGGGCGCGCGCAAGGUGGGUACGCGGAGCGUGGGUACGCGGAGCGCGGGUACGAGAUGCGCGCGGAUUAUCCGUGGCCGCAACUGGCGGAGAUUAAGGUGCGCGUGCAGGAGGAGCGACCCGAGGCGCUGCUGCUGCUGCACACCAUGCUGUGCCGCAUGCCGUCCCUGAGAUCACUGCAAGUAAGCUUAGUUCCCGGGGAUGAGGAGGAGGAGGAAGAGGUAGAGGAGGAGGAGGGAGAUGAGGGGUAUGAGGGAGAGGAGGUUGAAGGGGAGAUGGAGGAGGGGAUGGGGGAGGAGGGGGAGAUGGAGGAUGAGGGGAUGGAGGAGGAGUGGGAGGAGGAAGAGGAGAAGGAUGUCAAUAUGACUGGAGAUAUUGAGGGUUCCAUGAGUGCCACUGCAGCAGCACCAGCAGCAGCACCUGCCGUCUGCGCUACAGCCGGGGGAGCAACAGCCGGAGCAGCAGCGGAGUGCAUGGGUGCAGCGAGGCGGCAGGAGCUGUUUGUAAAAGGCCUCAUGUGCCUGCAGCAGCGCUUCUCACAUGUGCGAGUGUGCGUGCCUGCUGCUGCGCACAGAAGCACCACCAUGUGA